UAAAUAUCUCCAGAACCCUGAUCCCUACAACAACCCUCCGCCAAAGCUGUAUAUAACAAGAAAAUCGAUUAUAAAGAAACAUGGCUACUGGGAAGUAUUCCAGAGUUGAUGGGAGGAAGUCAUCGCGUUACUGUUUUAUAGCGACUAUAGUCGUCUUUGUUGUUUUCUGUUUAGUUGGUAUUUGGAUGUUCAUGUCUUCAUCAAUUAUUUCAGUUAAGGAUUCAGAAAAUUUAUCUUUGGAGACCGGAAACGAGGUGAAACAAACAGUACCAAAAGGUGAUUCUAAGCAAUUUGAUGAUACCUCAGGUGAUCUAUCCGGGGCUGAAGCAAGAGAAGAUGGCGGUAGUCUGCCUGGUAAAGUUUUCGGGAUCACCGAUGAGGAUAAUUCCACGGAGAACUUAGUGGUUGAGAGUAUUAAUGAGAAAAAUGAGUCUCACAACUCAACUGAGGAAAACCAGGAAGAGAAUCAUGCAAAUGAGAGUUCUGAUGAGAAAACUGAGUCGGAAAGUGCACAAAAAAGGAUGGAUGAAGAUGAUGGGAAUGGAACUGCUGAUGAAAUGAAACAUGUUGGCAAAGAGGCUAUUUUGACGGAGAGGAAGAAUGACAAAAACCAAGACGAGCAUUUGGAACAGAGUGAAGUUGGUAACAGUGUGGAAAGCAAGGAAGACAAUCAAGCUUCAAAUGAGAUUCUUCUUGCAGGUACUCAAUCAGAAAUUUUGACAGAGUCUACUACUCGAAAUGGAACUUGGUCAACUCAAGCUGUAAAAUCCCAGAAUGAGAAGAAAUCACAACUUUCUUUUAUAUCCAAUGAAAAUAAUGAUCACCACUGGAAACUUUGCAAGACAACUGCUGGGCCAGACUACAUACCUUGCCUAGACAAUUGGAAAGUUAUCAGAAAGCUUCCGAGCACAUCGCACUAUGAACAUCGCGAGAGGCACUGUCCUGAUGAAGCUCCUACAUGUCUUGUCCCUCUGCCUGAAGGAUAUAAGCGCUCUAUUAAGUGGCCUAAAAGUAGAGAUAAAAUCUGGUACUACAAUGUCCCCCAUACCAAGCUUGCAGAGGAAGGGCAUCAAAAUUGGGUUAAAGUAACUGGCGAAUACCUUACGUUCCCUGGUGGUGGAACUCAGUUUGUGAAUGGUGCUCUUCACUAUAUUGAUUUUAUUCAAAAUGCUGUUCCUGAAAUUGCAUGGGGGAAAAGAACCCGUGUGAUACUUGAUGUUGGGUGUGGGGUGGCUAGCUUCGGAGGCUAUCUUUUCGAAAGGGAUGUUCUUGCAAUGUCAUUUGCACCUAAGGAUGAGCAUGAAGGCCAAGUGCAGUUUGCUCUUGAACGGGGAAUUCCUGCCAUAUUAAAUGUGAUGGGAACUAAAAGGUUACCUUUUCCUAGUUCAGUCUUUGAUCUUGUGCACUGUGCACGUUGCAGGGUACCCUGGCACGUUGAAGGUGGCAAACUUCUGCUAGAACUCAAUCGUGUCCUGCGAUCUGGUGGUUACUUUGUUUGGUCUGCUACGCCAGUUUAUAGGAAGGGCCCUGAAGAUGUUGGCAUUUGGCAAGAAAUGUCUCGCCUAACAAAGUCGAUGUGCUGGAAUCUGGUGGUCGUUAAAACGGACAAAUUGAACAAUAUUGGCGCUGCAAUAUAUCGAAAGCCAACUUCCAAUGAUUGCUACAAGAAAAGAUCUAAAAAUGCACCUCCACUUUGUGAAGAAUUUGAUGACCCCAAUGCAGCCUGGGAUGUACCCCUUCAGGCCUGCAUGCACAAAGUGCCAGUAGAUUCAGCGAGGCGUGGAUCCCUGUGGCCUGCACAAUGGCCUGUACGGUUAGAGCAAUCGCCAUAUUGGUUGAAUUCUCAGGUUGGCGUUUACUGUAAAACUGCUCAGGAAGACUUUAAGGCAGACUACAAUCACUGGAAAGUAGUCGUCUCCCAGUCAUAUUUGAAGGGGAUGGGGAUCAACUGGUCUUCUGUAAGAAAUGUCAUGGAUAUGAAAGCCGUUUAUGGAGGGUUUGCUGCGGCCCUGAAAGACUUGAAAGUUUGGGUUAUGAAUGUAGUUCCAAUCGACUUUCCUGAUACCCUUCCAAUAAUAUACGAACGGGUUUUUGGAAUAUAUCAUGAUUGGUGCGAGUCAUUUAAUACAUACCCCAGAACGUAUGAUGUUCUUCAUGCUGAUCAUCUAUUCUCUAGCAUCAAAAAGAGGUGCAAGUUGGUUACAGUAAUUGCAGAAGUUGACCGAAUUCUGAGGCCAGAAGGAAAGCUGAUCGUACGAGACAAUAGUGAAACCAUAAGCGAGGUGGAGAGCAUGGUUAAAUCACUACAAUGGGAGAUCCGAAUGAUUUAUUCCAAGGACAACGAGGGAUUGCUUUGUGUUCGCAAGACAUUUUGGCGUCCCACGGAAGAAGAACCUAUAAAGAACGCCAUUGCUUGAUCAUGAUGCUUAGUUUUACAUCACAGCAACACAAUGCCACUCUCAUAUGUAUCCCAGCUGCUAAUGCAAAAUUAUAUAAUUGAUUACAUUCUGA